AUGGAAAAAAGUUACUAAUUAGUUUUAUAAGUUAUAAAACAAAUAAUCUAAAUUAUUAAUAUAAACUCAUUAAAUUACAUCUAAAGGAACUAUGACUACAAUUAUAAUUAAUAAGAGACAGUAUACAACCAUGUAUUUUUAAGUCUCUGUUUUUGCUAAGAUAAAUCUUUUAAGCCAACACUAAAACAAUAAAAUAGCUACGAUCCCACACACACGAUGAUUCUACAUAAGGCAAAGGUCUUUGAUUAUUUACUGCUCCUUCUUAUCAAUAAUAAAUCAUUAUUUAUUAUUGAUUUUAUGCCCCAAGUAAUCCCAAUACAUAGAGAUGAUUUACAAAUGGCUGUUUAGAAAAAUGCUUAAGGAAAUUUUAAUUGAAGCUCUUCUUUAGCUACAUCGCGAGCUAAGCUGAUACCAACAAACCAAAGAAAAUGAGUCCCAAAUCAAUGAAGAAAUAUAAACCUACUAUUAUUAC